AUGGAAUAUUGCCUUCCCUGUUUCGGCAGGGGAGCGCGAGACGGCGAGCGUGAGCCUCUCCUUCCAAACCCCGGCCAACGACAACGCGAGACGGUGAACAGACCGCUGGGCGUUGACCACUCCAUCGUUGACAAGGUCGUCGACGCCCUCGCUGCGCUCAAGGAAGGCAAACUACCGACGCAAGGGCAGCUGAACCGUUUCUUGCAGGUGUUGUUGAAGUCAGAGUUCCUCAAGGAAGAGCUUGGGAGAUUCACGACCGGCAAUGGACCAACGAGCAGGCAAGGGAGGAAGGUUGUGCGGGAUGUGAAAGAGGUGGUCGAAGCCUGUUUGCAAUUCUCAAUGGAGAAGAAUGCCGACGAUAAAUUUCAAGACCUCUAUUUCCAAGUGCUGGAACUGGAUGCGCCGCCCAUCGAGGUUAGCGUGAACGUAGACCAUCCUUCCGCAGCUACCUCCGCUGCUAAAGCGGGCAAAGGUGCUCUCGACGCCGCUCGACAGGGUACAUCAGAUGUUCUAGAUACAGGCCCUACGAAAGACCAGCUCGCGUUCGACGCGUCCACCUUCGUGCACGCCCUUCGCACGAUUUUCGAGGUUUUCAUCGCCUCCCCCAUCUUCCGCCUGGUCAUUGGCGACUAUAUAUCCAUAAUCAAGGACGUCGUCGCUCAUGCUGCCUCCGAUGUCGCACGUAGUGCGGCCCAAGUUGAGCAAGUUGCUGGGCGCGUCGUGCAGCAAGUCUUGGAGAGCAAUGACGUCAUAUCGACAGAUGCCAACGGCAAAGUAAAAUUAGCCGUCUCGGUCCCUGUUGAGGACUUCAAGACCAAAGGCAAGGAGGUCGCAUACAAAGUCGCGGCUUCGAAGGAAGGGCUGGAGUCAGAAAUGAGUACGCUGGGUGAAGAGGCUGCGGACAAAACAAAGGAAAGGAUAUUGAAUCGUCUGCAAGAGGUCAUAGCCCGCAUCCAAAAAGACAAGGCGUCUCGCUCAGCGAUGCGUGCCAUACUCAUUCUUGCCCGAAAAUAUACGGCCAAGAUGGCGACGCUGUCAAAUAUAGCGGCAGAUACCAUCAUCGACGCCGCAAAGGAGGCGAAGGACGCCCUCCAGUCCAACAGCGAAGAACCGACUUACCCACCGCAACCAUACGAAACGCCUACAGCAAAGGAGCCGAUCAUAGACGUCACGUCCGAUGCCAUUCUUUUCGAUUUCAAGGAUAUCUUGCAAAGGCUGGGAAAGCAACAUUCGCUCGACGGACUAGUAUCUGCGCUCGGUCGCAUUAUCCAAGACCUGAACGAAGCCCCAAGCAUUUUAGGGGAAGAGGCGACGAAGACCUUCGAAGACAAACUAGAUUCAGCUGUGACAGAGGCACAGUCGCCUACGGACGGCGAGAUUCCUCCCAUGUUUUCGCAACCCGGGAAAGGAUACGGAAAAGCGAAGAAAAACAAGAAGCGCAAAAAGCAAAAGACACAAAACGGAGAGCAACAAGCACAAACAGGUGCUACGAACCCUAUUGCCACAUACUUCGCGAGAGUUGGAGUAUAUCUCGACAAAGGGCUUGACGAGCCUGGAUGGGCGAUGUCUAAGGACGGGGCCAGUAGCCUGGAAAUGCUCUUCGAUGACGGAGUCGACCUGAUCAACGUCGUCGGCGAAACAGUCCUAGACACCGCGGACGAGGUCACCCAGACGCCUUCACCUACCAGUCCUACCGGAAAAGCCGCGACGGUUAAGAGUUACACCAGCGACGAGCUGAGAAGACAAUUCAAAAAGGAUUUGCAGAUGCUCAUGAACGAAAUCGACGCAUAUAUUUCAGCGAUCGAAGACGACAAGGCGACUAUGCGCCUAGUACACGCGCUGGAGGACCUCACAAGCGACUUUGCUGCUCUCGUAUCGCCAAGUCCUCGAUCAGGAAUGAAAGCCCUCUCGAGCAUACUCAGCUGGACGGACUGGAUCGCAUGGGGCAUCCCUCGCCUCCUUCGCUUGCUCCCAGCGAACGCCAUCCCUAUUCCUUCCGUCGAGGUCAAAUUAGGAAGCAUUGAUUGCGCACUACAGGCCCUUUUCGUGCAGGGCCUUGCGAGAGACGGUGAAGAGGGCAACCUCGCCAGUGCAAGCUUGGUUCCGGACGAAGUGGUGCUGACUGAAUGGACUGAGAUGCGCGUCGAUAUGACAGAGCCUUCGUCCCCACUUGGACCAGCGGCAACGCACGCGAUGACGAGCGCGGACGUACGCACAAUGUCACGAGUAAAGAUGCACCUGGAUGGCGUCCGUGCGAGGGUAGAGAAUAUGGGAUACUACUUCAGGUAUAACGGCAGUAUUGUCGGGUACGAGGAUGAGGGCGUGAUCAGCGUCGACGUCGGGAUGGGUGCUGAACACGAUGGUCUAGUCGCGGACGUGGAAAUCGAGAUUGACAAUGACAAUGCAGCGACUUCAAUUAGGCGGAAUCGUGUUCAGAUUCCAGACAUCAUCGUGCAAGAUGAAGAUGAGGCCGACUUGCCAGCCAACCUUGACGUCCAAGAAGCCGUAGCAAACAGCGCCGCUCCGGGUUCAACCACCGUAGGCGAGGCACGAACGGCAUUGUUGAACGCACAACAUGGAGAGGACCUCCCUCUCUUCAAAGUGAUCGACGUCCAAGUUGCAAUACGGGGGCUCAAGUUCAAGAUCGACAAAAGCAAGCAUUGGAUACUCAACAAGCUCUGCUUGCAGCCUCUCGCCGGUCCUGUAGUCGCACGUGUGGUAAAGCAGGUUGCCGAGGCGAAGGUGCGCGAGGCACUUGAAGUGCUUGCUCGAGGACUUGGUGCGGUCAUCCAGGAUGCGAAGUUUCGAAGAGAGAUCAGACGCGCACGUCAUAGAUCCGAGAGACAUCCUGUUGGCGGGAUGAGUUUAGCAGACGAGGACGUUGAGGAAAGCCUAACUGAACUCUUGCCAGAUUGGUGGCACGCGAUCUUGAAUAGCGGACCAAAGAUCUUCGGCAAGGGCACAGACGACACCAAGUCGAUUGUUCAGUCCAUCGGCGCUGCCAGUUUGGAUGUGGAGCCGCGUAUAGAGGUCGAGGCGACGGCUCAAGGCAUCGUCUAUACGAGCACGACGACCACGGAGCAGCCGAAGGGCCAGCCUGCGAUGGUUCUCAGCCCCGAGACCAAUACGCCAGUGGAACGGGUCUGCUUGACGUUGGAAGACAUCGGUGGUCCAUCGUCCGUCGAAGAGUCGGAAUUGGUGGUUGCGAUUGGAGAUGGGCCACAGCUGUUCCCGGGAAAAUGUGGCCCUCAUGGCGAGGAUGAGGAGAGACAAGGUCUAUUGGAAGGUUUGCGGGAUGGGGUCAACAACGCGGUUGAGACGACAGUUGAAGGUGUCAAGGACACCGCAGAUGUUGCUGGCCAAGUGCAGGAAAGAUGGGAGGGGAGGAGGGAGGAGACAAGAUCUAGGAAUGGUUGGAGGAGUGAGUCGUUCAAUUUCUGA